AACGCGCGAGCACAGGGCGAGCGCUGUUCGGCAGGAAGUCAAGCUAGAACUGCGAAGUGCGCAUGCGCUCCAGCUCUCCACAAUCUAGGGAUGCGUUUGUCUUCAUAAAACGAUGAACAAACUGGAUCACCGUUCUAUGAAAGCUGCCCCCCCCCUCUAGUCUUCUGUCAUGAGCGUGAUGGCAACCACCGAUGAGGUAACGGUGUCCAUGGGGGAGGUGGUAAUGGUGAAGGCUGUUGGUGACGGUGGCACCGAGGACCCUAAUAAGACUCAGGUCAUCCUACAGCUCCAGCCAAUCACCACAGGAGAUGAAUCUGCUGAAACAGAUGCAGCUGUCAUGGCUGUUGAAGCUCAUCCAGAACAAUCAGAGGGUGACGACGUGGAAAUAGGCUGUCCCAUAACAUGUGGCGACAGUAAAGCUGUGUUGCUAGUGAAGAAAUUUGUGUGCCCAGGAAUCAAUGUAAAAUGUGUAAAGUAUGAAGACCAAUUGAUCAGUCCCAAGCAGUUUGUGCACAUUUCUGGAAAAGCCACUCUGAAAGACUGGAAGAGAGCCAUCAGGAUGGGGGGAGUCAUGCUAAGAAAAAUGAUGGAUUCAGGUCAGCUAGACUUCUACCAGCACAGCACACUGUGCACCAACACAUGUCGCAGCACCAAGUUUGACCUUUUAAUCAACAACACGCGGUUUCCUCCGGAUGGCAGUGGGCUCACCACACCUAUAUCCUCUCAAGCUCAGGUGGUUCUGGGUAAUGGCGGGGCAGUGGGUGAGGACAGAGCCGAGAUCCUGAGUGGGAAGUCGGACUGGAGCUCAAGUUCACUGGAAUCUGCGGACAAGAAAGGAUCUAAUGAGAUCUCAGAGGAUACGCUGAACUUCUGGAAGGGCAUUGCUGAUGUGGGUUUGCUAGGUGAAGUUGUGACCAACAUCAACACGGAGCUGCUGGAGCUGCUGAAUGGUGUGCAGCAGCGCAGGGAGGCGGGCGCCUUACAGGACACAGAUUCCUGUCUGGUAGAGGUGGCGGUGCUCAGUAACCUCGCCCAAGUGUUUGGCCUGCUCGACUCAGUCAAAAGGAUUCUGGAGAAGACGAAGCAGCAGACGGAUCCGAACCAGGAACAGAUCCUCAGCACGCUCACCAACCUGGAGUUGCAGUUGGAAGAGCAGAGGAAGCAGCAGCAGGUGCGAGCUCUUCUGUCCUGCCCACAGCCUGCCAAAAACAAAACUCCUACCAAACGCCAAACCAAGCGGCCUCGUCUCCAGCGGCCCGCCUCCACCACCACCCUCCUGACCUCUCCAAUCAACCAGCAGGCUGCGCUGCAGCCCCAGCAGUUCACUGUUCUGUCCCCCAUCUCACUGUCUUCUGUGGGGCAGCCUUUCACGGUGGCAAGCCUGCCCAUGGCCUCUCUGGCCCAGUCCUCCAACACAGUCACCCUGCUACCCGCCGGCUCGCAGCUCUUCACCCGUUACAUGGUGGCUGGAGACGGAAAGGCGGACACAAUCACCUUGCACCCGUCUUCGGGCCUCACACUGGUGGGCACUACCACCGUGCAGGACUCCAGCCAGCUGGGCACAAUGGUGAGCCCCUUAGAGCUAGUGCACCUGAGCCAGCAGGCUGGCGGCACGGAGGUGGUUCCUAUAGAGGGCCAGGUGGUGGACGGCACCAUGCUGGUACAGCAGGAGGUGAUGCAGGGCGAGGUGGAGGGCAGCCAAGAGCACACAGUCAUCGAGAUCAACCCAGCGCCGGUGGAGCAGGCAGUGGGGGUGAUGGAACUGCAGCUGACAGGAGAGUCGGGCAGAGAUGGGGCCACCAUGGUGGUUCAGAGCGGGAUGGAGGUGACAAUGGCAGCCGAGGCAGAGGAGACGCAGUGCCAAAUUCAGGAGGCGCAGACUGAGGGGGUUGAGGGGUUGCAGCUGGAUGCCAGCGGACAGUUGUCAGGUGUGCAGAUAGUGGUGAUAGAGGAAAAUACUCAGGAAGAACACAAACUUAAAUGAGACAUAGUCUUGUCUUAUUCAGCACAGCAGGUAUGAACUCAGAGAUUGAGCUGUCCUGGACUUGUGAAACUGUAAAUACACAGAAUUUCCAAAUCCACAAAUUGCUUUGGCCUCAGACCAAGCACCUAGGGUAGCCAUUUUUCCUGUUUUGGUGUGUUUGUACAAGUUCCUCUCAAUUUUUUCAUUUUUAGAGAAACAAAGAGGCAUCAUGAGAAAAGAGUAUACUAAUAAUACUUCUCUCUGUUUUUUAUUUGAGGGAUAGUUCCACUUUAUGACAACUUGGUUCCUGUUUUUGUAGCUUUGGCCCUCAUCUGUUUAGGUGAUACUAAUUGCUGAAACACUGGAAUAUGAAGACAUCACAAAAAGCAGAGCAGUCAGGUGAUCAGACUGGCCUUAACCACACUCCUAUGGUAACUAUACAACAUUUUUACCCAGAAAGAAACUUCCAUCACAGUUUACAAGCUUUGGAGCUGACCCACUCUACGUACUGUUGUAGUUUUUCUGUGCGUGAUGCAUCAUUACCAAUGUCCGUUCCUAAUAUAUGGACUUCAAACAGAAGUCCAAAGGCUACAGACAGAGAUUUUGAACUUAAGAAUAUCAUCAGCACACAAAGUACUACAGCUGCAAGAAUACUUAACCAACUAGCUAACUAAAAAGUUUAAGGAGGUUGAAAGAGUUGAACUGUUACUUUGUAGUAGGAAGGUUAGUAAACAUGCUAAGCUAUUUACGAUCAAAUAAAAGAACCAAAAUGCAGAAGAGAAAUACCAAAAUCAGGAAAAGAACAGGGUUAUUUUAAAGUCUGUGAGGUGGGAAAUGGAGGUUUGUUGAGAUAAAGAAAACUGAGCGAAGGCAGAGGACUGAGGAAGCUGAUGGUGUAGCAGGCUGAGGAGGGAGGCGGGGCAGAUCGAAAGUAUGUCUGAUGGACUGAGGCUGGAAGUAACUGAAGCUGGCCAGAUGACUUGUGGCCGAAGUGGCGGCCUGAGAGGCAGGGCUCAGUGGCUGCUUAGCGCUUUGUAAGGCAUACCACACCCACGACACAGACACAUGCACAUACCGACACGGACAAAGAAAACACAGUCAACUUUGGACUUACUCAAGAAAAUACCACGUCCCUUUGUUAAACACAGGGCUGUAUUGGUGAGUCCUGGAAGUCCAGUUUGAGAAACAGAGGAUUAUUACAUUUAUUUAGGAAUUUACCAGAUGCCAAAACACUAAAGCUGCCACUUGAUUGGCUCCAACCUUGGCAGCUGAGCCAGGUUCACACUUAAAAAUCCAUGUUUAUUUUGUUGCUAAUCAUUUUCCACAACAGUGUUCUUGUUACAAAAACUGUCUGUGGUGCAAAUGAAUUUUCAGGUUUCGAUCAUUUCUGGUUCAUGUGUGAACAUCUCAUUUAUAGCUUGUGCUCUGUCAAGGUAAAUUCCUUGUUUCUGCAUCGGUGUGUCCACAGCAGUCAGCAUGGCAUCUGCAUGCAGGCCAGAAUUUGAGACCACACAGGAAGUACAGCAGCUGUGUACGUGCCAGAAAAUGACACUUAUUUGUUCUCUAUCUCUGUCCAGAUGGUUGUACUGUAUUCCAUACACUCAUUCCCUUUAGAUGUUCUUCAUUAUCUGUAAUCUGCAGUUUAAUUUGUCAGUUAAUUUCACAUAUAAUAUAAAAUGUCAGAAAAUGUUGAAAAUGUCAGCUUAUUUAAUAAUUAUUUUUCGGAGUUGAAGGUGAUGCUUUCAAAUUGCGAGCUCAUAUUCAGUUCAUUGAAUGUAUUUAACUUUUAUAUUUAUUUUCAGCUUGGUAAAGCAGCAAAUCAUGCCUUUUGCAAAGAUGGAGACAGAAAAUAUUAGGAAUUUUUGGCUUUACAAUUGACCAAAGCAAAUUAUUAAUCAUCAGUGCAGUUGCAGAUUAUAUUUCUAUUGAUAGACUCACCACUGCAGCUCUAAAUAUGAUGGCCAAACCUAAGAGAAUGGGACCAAAGUUGUAAUAAAUCAGAAUUUUCCUCUCAGCCUCCAUGAACAAAUCUGAGGACAAGCGAAUGCACUGUAACUCUAGAAGUCAACGUGUGGGGCUUUAAUAAUGGUGCUGAUGAUUUGUCAGUUCACAUCCUCUUAUUACAGAUUCAGUAGCAGCAGGCUGGAAAUCUCUGCUGUGCUUCAGACUCAUUACCAGUAACAGUGUUGGCGUUACCUGAGGCUGGGAUUAAUUGCACUGUCUGUUGUGUUGUACCCAAGCGUAUUGUUUUUGCACUGUGUGACGUCCUUGUAGGACUACGGAAGAUGCUGCCUGCUCUCUUGACAUUUCUUCAGAAUAUGGCCUGUGCAGAGGUGAAUGGAAACAGACUGAACUCCUCACUGGAACUGCAUCACUUAUGCACUUAUUCUCAGUGGUUUCUUACUGGCUAAUAGAGUUUCUCCACUAUUCCUUCAUUGUACACACCGAUUGCUUUUUCUCAGUAUCAUAGAUAGUGUGAGCUACUGGGCUGAUUGUGUAAGUCAGGAUAUGAAAGCACAUAUAUAUACUUAAUGUCAAACUUGCCUGUAUUUUACACUUGUGAAGUAGUGUCUUAUUUAUUAGUUUUCAAGGUGAAGAGAUGGGCCUCUGUUUAAGGUGCAAACAUGGAUUCAUUUAAGCUCCUUGUUAUAGCUAACAUCAACAAAGACAUGUUCAAGACUUGUGCUUUUCCAAUAAUUUAAUUUAACAAAUGAGGGUAUUUGCAUACUGACUUUGUAAUGUGUUUGAAUUAAAACAAAACAAAAAAUAA